AACAGCCUCGUUGCCCUUGCACUUGCCUUUCUCUCUUCUCUCUCUGACAGGCAGACGCUACUCUGGUCCCAAUGUCAAGUUGUUAUCAGAGUAUUAUGCACAGUUUGAAGUCACUUUUAAUCUAAUCACAUUAAGUUCAGUCUUCGGAUGAACAUGAAUGCAACGAAGAAAAGGCUGUGUGGGAGAUGUUUUUCGGUGUACCGUUUGGCGUUGUUCGCUUUCUUCUUGGAUGCUGUUUGGGGACAGAUUCGUUACUCAAUCCCAGAGGAACUGGAGCACGGGGCUUUCGUCGGCAACAUCGCCGAGGACCUGGGCUUGGAUUUGGACAAGCUCUCUGCGCGCAGAUUCCGGAUAGUGUCAGGUUCCAAGAAGCAGUACGUGGAGGUAAAUUUGGAAAACGGAGUUUUAUUUGUGAAUGAGAGAAUUGACCGUGAAGAACUAUGUGAGCAGAGUUUGUCCUGCUCUUUUCACUUGCAAGUGGUCAUAGAAAACCCUCUGGAGUUGUACAGGGUGGAGAUUGAGAUUCUGGACGUGAAUGAUAACUCUCCUAAUUUCCCUUGGACCGAGUUUAAUCUGGACAUAUCGGAGUCUGCUGCGCCGGGAUCCCGUUUCCCUCUGGAGAGCGCGCAAGACUUCGACGUUGGAUCCAACUCGCUGCGCACCUAUUUGCUGAGCGUAAAUGAGUACUUCUAUUUAGACAUACAGACGCGCAGCGACGGCAGCAAAUUUGCUGAACUGGUCCUGCAAACGCAGCUGGACAGGGAGCAGCAGAGCAACCACCAAAUGGUGCUGACGGCUGUGGACGGAGGCGCACCGGAGAGAUCCGGCACUGCGCAAAUCGACAUUACCGUUUUGGAUGCAAACGAUAACGCGCCGGUUUUCGACCAGUCGUUUUACAGGGUGAGGCUGGCUGAAAACGCACCGAAAGGCACAGUUGUAAUCAAACUAAACGCAUCCGAUUUAGACGAGGGUCCGAAUGCUGAUAUCACCUAUUCGUUCAGCGGCCACGCUCCCAUCAAAGUGCGCCAGCUCUUCAGUGUUGACGCACACACGGGAGAAAUCAAAGUCAAAGGAGUGAUAGAUUACGAAAAAGCGAGGAUGCAUGAAAUUUACGUCCAGGCCAAAGACAAAGGUCCAUCCCCUGUAGCCGUGCACUGCAAAGUUCUGGUGAACGUCUUGGAUAAAAACGAUAACCAUCCAGACGUGAUCCUGACAUCAGUGUCCACACCUGUGCAAGAGGACGCCCCCCUCGGAACUGUAAUAGCCGUCAUCAGUGUAAUGGACAAAGACUCGGGUGAAAAUGGGAAUGUGGAUUGCGAGAUCUCAAGUCAGAUCCCAUUUCAACUCCACUCCUCGUUUAAGAACUACUACACACUAGUAACUUCUGAUUUUCUGGAUAGAGAGACAGUCGCAGAGUACAAUAUCACCCUCACGGCCAGAGAUAUGGGCUCCCCACCUUUAUUCACCAAGAAAACGAUCCUUGUCCAGGUGUCAGAUGUGAACGAUAACGCGCCUCAUUUCAGACAGCCCUCAUACACAGUUUAUUUAACCGAGAAUAACGCGCCAGGGGCAUCCAUUUGUUCAGUGACUGCGCUAGACCCAGAUUUUGGUCAAAAUGCUUAUCUGUCUUAUUCUAUUCUAGAAGGUGACAUACAAGGAAUGCCCAUCUCCACGUACGUGUCCAUAAACUCAGACAACGGCAACAUUUACGCAUUGCGAUCCUUCGACCACGAGCAACUGAAAAACUUUCAAAUUACUGCCAGGGCUCAGGACGCUGGAUUUCCGCCACUGAGCAGCAACGUGUCAGUGAGCAUCUUUAUUUUGGAUCAAAACGACAAUGCGCCCGUGAUUCUGUCCCCCGUUCCGCAUAACGGCACGGCACCGAGCAAGGCUGUUCCCAGGUCAGUUGACGCCGGUUACCUUGUCACAAAAGUCAACGCGAUGGACGCGGACGCGGGUCAGAACUCGCGUCUUUUGUAUCAAAUGCUCCAAGCGACAGACCCGGGCCUAUUCAGCAUCGCUCUGUACACAGGCGAAAUUAGGACGAUGCGCCAGUUUGAGGAAAAGGAGCCCACGAGGCACAGACUGGUCAUUCUGGUGAAGGACAAUGGUCAACCGCCCCUCUCGGCUACGGUUUCCAUCAUUCUGUCAGUGGUUGACAGCCUGCCAGAUUCGCAGCCCGAUCUAGGUGACCUGUCACCAAGCCCGUAUCACAGCUCCAACUUCCCCCUGUACUUAAUCGUGGCUCUGGGCGCAGUGUCCUUCACGUUUCUAGUGGCGAUAAUCGUCCUCGUUGUGGCGAGGAGACUGAAGGACAGAUCGCUGAGCAAAGAGUCCAGCUUCCCCUCAUUCGGCGGCUGUUGCUGCCUGUGCUCACGCGCGGAACUGUCCAAAACAGAGGUGCUGAAAAAGUCCAAUUUACGCAUGUCCUCGGGCGCGUCUGGUUGCGCUGAGGCCAACAGCAACGGAGCAGUACCUCAGGUGUACUGCUACAAAAUGUGCCUGACUCCGGAGUCAUCCAAGAGCGAUUUUAUGUUCCUUAAACCGUGCAGUCCGGCGAUGUCAGUCCAACAGAAUAAUGUCAAGAGUACAGAUUACUUGACUUCUGGCUGGAACGCACUGGACCGGAAUGAGAUGUCCAAUAACAGAGCAGCAACCCCAAACGAGCUCAAGAAUUCAAUCAAAGACUGGACAUGGACCAAGAACGAACGCAACUCAGCAUACAAGAGAUACAGUUCAGCAAAUAUGGAGGGAAGCCUUUCACAACAACAAAGAUAUGAUACGGAUGGGUUUUCUUGCUCUGUGGCACCACAAUACUGGACCUGGGGAAACCAUAUACACGAUUGCAAGAGGUCUUUUCAAGAGGGAACAAUGCCAAACUACUCAUGGACUCCAAAGUACCCGCAGUCUAAUUCUGAACCACCAGACUAUCAGCACAAUGUUUACAUUCCCGGGACCACAUCUGUCUACAGCACACUGAAGCUCACACCCAGGGGAGACCUUGAUGUGUACAAUACCUUCUCGACUUUUGGCAAGAAAAAGAAGUUCAUCUCAAACUACGAAAACUCUUUCGAGACGGAUGAUGGCAUCAUAAACAAUGCUGUUUUUAAAUGAAAUGCCUCCCACACUUUAUAUUGCUCUGGUAUGUUUGUUGUGAAUUUUAUAACUGCUUGUAAAUCAAAGUUAGACAUUCAUCAUGCAUAUAAAUAUAAAGGAAGAAAAUGAAAGAAGAAAACUACAGAUCAUUUGCACUGAUAUAUAUGUACAUAAUAAUCAUGAUAUAAAGAAUAAGAAUAAAAUCUUAGUGACAGUCAUGACCCUGCUGCUGGCUUGUGACCAUCUUGGCUUGUGCUGCAUCACUAUAACACUCAACGUUCAUUACAUUUUGAAACGUAUAGACACAAGUGAGGAGGUGUAACAUUCUUGUAAAUAUUUCAUAAAAAAUAAA